AUGUCCGGAUAUCAACCCACCAUUCUUUUUGUUCCUGGUGCUUGGCAUGGACCCGAUGGGUUCGACGCUGUUCGUGCCUCCCUGUCAUCUCGCAACAUUCCUACCGAAGCCUUAGCGCUUCCCUCGAUCGGUGCUGAGCCUCCAUCAAAAGGGCUCACGGAUGAUACCAUCUUUGUUCAGAGUGAAAUUGAAAAGCUCGUCGACCAGGGCAAAAAAAUCGUGGUUGUCACUCACUCAUAUGGCGGGAUGGUGGGUGCGGGCGCUGUGAAGGGGUUGGAGUAUACCGAAAGACAAAAGCAGGGCAAAAAAGGCGGCGUCAUCAUGCUGGUAUACAUGGCCGCAUUUGUUGCUAAGCAAGGUGACAGCCUCUUGAAGAUGCUGGGCGGUAAUUACUUGCCGUGGAUGAAUGUGCAGGGAGACUAUUGUACCUCUUCAAAUGAAGCUCAAACAUUCUACCACGACCUUUCCCCACAAGAUCAGAAGAAAUGGAUUUCCAAGCUGACGCAUACCUCUCGUGCCGUUUUCGAGGAUGCCGUUAUGCAUGAGCCUUGGCACACUCUACCUUGCAUGUACAUAUUCUGCGAAAAAGAUCAAGCUCUGCCUAUUUUUGUGCAAGAAGCCAUGGCGGGACUAUUGGGCAACUGCACUCAAUUCAGAUGCGAGAGCUCCCACUCUCCAUUUUUGAGCAUGCCGGAGAGGGUCGCCGAGGGCUGCGAACUGGCAGUGAAGAUUGGAGUGGAAAAAUGUGAAGCAAAGUGA